UCCGCCUCCGUUCUUCUUUUGUUUCUACUUCUACUUCUACUCUUCCACUCCCAUCUCAAAUGCACCACCCACCACCCACAUUCAUUCACCCGAUUUUCUCUCUUCUCCUCUCCUUUUCUUCUCUUUUUUGAUUUUAUUAAACAAAAACAAUUCAAACGUAAAUUUUUUAUUUUUAUUUUUAUAAAGAAAACGGUUACCGUCUUCUUCCGAACUUCAAGGCCACUUCCCACUCCUCUGCUGCAGCGCCGUCCUUUUUGCUAGGGCUUCUCUUUCUUUCUUUUUUCAAUGGCAUUUUCCUGAGUAAUGGCGGCCUCUUCCCCUACUCACUUGCAUUUCAGACUCAGAAGACCCAUUCUUUCCCAUUUGCGCCCGCCUCUUUGCGGAUUCGACCUCAGCAAGAGAAAGCGGAAGCUCUGCUUUCAUGCCGCUCGCCUUGGCCUGACUCCACUCGCAUGCUGCUGCUCUGACGCUGGGCUCCCCGUUCGGAGUCCUGACAAGGGAGAGGAAUGGCGGUUCGAUCCCAAGAAGAGCCCUCGCAGAGUCAGAGUCCAUGCUUCUCCUGCAAUGCCGUUCGCUUCUCCUCAAUCUCCAUUCAUUUCCAAGCAAGAAAAAUUCUUUCCACGUUGUACCCCAAGAAAUUCUGGUCCACAGUCCCGUGAUACCCCACCAAAAAGAGACACUGGUAUUGCAAAUGAGAAGGACUGGGGUAUCAAUUUGUUAAAUGAAAAUGUUAAUGAGUCUGGCACUAAUGAAGAUGGCAGUACUUGGUAUCGAGAAAGUGGAGAAGACCUGGGAAAAAACGGAUACAGAUGUAGAUGGACAAGAAUGGGUGGUCAAUCCCAUGAUGGUUCCUCGGAAUGGAAGGAAACGUGGUGGGAGAAAAGUGACUGGAGCGGGUACAAAGAGCUAGGUGUUGAGAAAUCCGGGAGAAAUGCUGAAGGUGAUUCAUGGUGGGAAACAUGGCAGGAGGUCCUUCAUCAAGACGAAUGGAGUAAUCUAGCAAGGAUUGAGAGGAGUGCUCAGAAGCAAGCAAAAUCAGGCACCGAAAAUGCUGGAUGGUAUGAGAAGUGGUGGGAGAAAUAUGAUGCUAAAGGCUGGACGGAGAAAGGAGCCCACAAGUACGGUAGACUCAAUGAACAGUCUUGGUGGGAGAAAUGGGGAGAACAUUAUGAUGGACGAGGAUCUGUUCUAAAAUGGACCGAUAAGUGGGCUGAGACUGACUUGGGAACAAAAUGGGGAGAUAAGUGGGAAGAGAAGUUUUUUGCUGGGAUAGGUUCACGGCAUGGGGAAACAUGGCAUGUAUCGCCAAGUGGUGAACGUUGGUCAAGGACAUGGGGAGAGGAACAUUUUGGAAAUGGUAAAGUUCACAAGUAUGGGAAGAGCACAACAGGUGAAAGUUGGGAUAUUGUGGUGGACGAGGAAACCUAUUAUGAGGCUGAACCUCAUUAUGGAUGGGCGGAUGUUGUCGGUGAUUCAAGUCAGUUGCUCUCUAUUGAACCCCAGGAGAGGCCGCCUGGUGUUUAUCCAAAUCUCGACUUCAGGUCAUCUUCACCACCUCAGGCUGAUGACCCACCAGACUUGCCUCCUACAUUAUGAGAGCUGAUUUUAGGCUCCAUAUCUUUUGCUUAGGUGGUUUAAUUAUCAUUUAAAUGCAUCGACGUAGGUUGGAACUCCCUUUGUAAGGAAUAUUGUGUGUUUUCGCUGUUCAAUUUAUUCAUUCUUUGAUGAUUUCCAUUUUUGGUUUUAAUAAAAUUUUGGAUAUUAAACCAUUCUGAGACUUGUAACUUUAUUCGAAGAUGCAGUUAGACUUCAUCAUA